AUGGCAAGCAGAGCAGGUGGCGAAACCAUAAACGAGCAGGUGGUUGCUAACACUUAUGCGAACAUGCGCAAGGAAAUGAAGCAGCUCUACACCAAGAUCAUGGAGCUGGAGAUGGAAGUCAGCGAGCACUCUCUUGUGGUUGGCGCCAUGGAGCCCCUGGACCCAACAAGGCGUUGCUACAGAAUGAUUGGUGGGGUCUUGGUUGAGAGGACCAUCAAGGAAGUGUUGCCGGCCGUGUACCGGAACAAGGAGGGCCUUGAAGAGGUGGUGGCUCGCAUGAAGGAGGCUCUGGAGACGAAGAAGAAAGAGAUGACCGAGUUUGAGCUCAAGUACAAGAUCAGGAUCCGAAAAGGGGGCGACAACGGUGCCGAGGAAGGCAGCAUGAAUGAAGCCUCUGCUCAGGAUGUUCUUGUUGGCCCUGCUGGCCAGUAGAGCAGAGUGACGGGACAAGGAAGAAGACCUUUGCAUAGUUGUUUAUCAAAGCCGGAUUGCUCUGUACCAGAUGUCAACCUAACUGUUUCCAGUGGACUGCAGUUAGUUUAUCAUGCUACACUUAUACAGUAGUGUCGAAUCCUCAUGUGUAAAACUAGGAGAUUAUGCUAUAU